UCUGACGGUAAGGGGCUCCCUCUGGCAGAAGCUGACGUAGCUUCUUCCCGUUGCUUUACACUAUAAAGGAUUUGCAGGCUGAGAAACAGGCUAGCACCACCUAAACUCAGCUCACAUUUCAUUGCACUGUGCAGUCAGAUAGGAAGCAACCAAGCAACUUUAAACAAUGUUCCUCUCCCUCACUGGGAUUUGCUUUGUGGUGGAGUUAUGAUGAAACAUUUGAGAGUCUGUGGGAAAUUGAAAGUUUCACCAAGUGAGAAACUCAAGACCUGAGUAAGGAAAAGACGCAGCACCUGUCUCUUUUGGAACUUUUUGAGUGCAUAAUUUGGAUUGCUUUGAAUUGUUACAGCAGUGUAACUGGCACUAUGAAGAAGAGCGAUUCAGGAAUAUCUUCGGCUGGAGUAAAGAUGUACCUCAGAUUGUUCUCAGCAGUGGUCUUCUAUAUUCAGUGGGGAUUCAUUUUGAUCGAAGGUUCACCUCAAGUCAAGCUAACUGCACCACAACUGACAGUAUCUAAGAAGCAGAUAGUCAUUGAAGUAAAUGGAACAUUCAAUGUUAUAUGCAGGGGGCAGGCAUCCUUGAUCUGGUCUGGACCCAAUUAUCCUAAUGCUAUGAAAAACAGACUGAAAGUAACCAAUGACAUGUGCGAUGACAACAGGGAGUACUUUUGCAGUAACCUGAUUUUAAAGAACGCUGCUCGCAACGAUACUGGAUACUACACUUGUAAAUAUGCCAAUUCUGCAGCCAGUGAAAGCCAGAUCUAUUUAUUUGUGAGAGAUCCUCAAAGUCCAUUUUUGCAGCCUUAUCUUCAAGUUCCCAAAUUCAUAAAGGUGAAUCAAAGCAGUGAGACUGUGGUGAUCCCCUGCCGAGUCACAGCACCAGACUUAGAGGUCACCCUGCUGAUGGAGGAAGACACUGAAUUUAGAACCGAUGAAGAAAAUACCGUAUGGGAUCCUAAACAAGGUUUUAUCAUUCGAAAUCCUAAGCGUGCUCAACAUGGCAUGUUACAUUGCAAGACCAUAGUUGAUAAUCAGACCUUCUUGUCCUACUAUAUGAUACUCAUAGAAGUUGAAGGAGCGGAUUCUGUUCAGCUUAAUACGAGUGCACGAAUGAAGGUGCUGGUGGGUGACGAGCUGCACAUCAAAUGUCUGGCAAAGAUGAGAUGGAACUCCAGACCUGAAUUUCAAUGGGAUUACCCCGCCAAAAUGACAAAUCGAUCUGUUUCAAUUAAUAAUAUAAGGCUAAAGAAUGAAAACACGUAUGAAAGCAUCCUAACACUGAAGAAUAUUCAGCUCAGAGACAAAGGAAGCUAUGUGUGCAAAGUCCAUAAUAAAAAUACAUCAGAAAGCAAGACAAGAGUAAUUGUCAUUGAGAGCCCUUACAUUACAGUAGAGUUCAAAAAAAGGAAUCCUUUGCAUGUAAGAGGUGAUCACGGACCCUUAAAACUACCUGUGAAAGUCAAUGCAUUCCCGCUUCCAGAAGUAUCCUGGUACAAAGAUGGAAAACUCAUUGCACAGAAUCAGUCCUGUUAUGUCCAAGACCGCUAUACAUUAAAAAUAUUGUCUGUAUCAGGAAAGGAUAAAGGGGAAUAUACUAUUUCAUUGAACAACAACCGACAUAACCUGCAUAAGAACUUCACCAUCACACUAAAAGUCUAUGAAAUACCACAGAUCACUGAUAAAAAUGUGGCUUCCUCAGAGCAAAAAUUUUAUCAUCUAGGGAAAACAUACAGACUGACCUGUACUGCCGCUGGAACUCCGAUUCUGCACUUCUACUGGCAGUGGCAGCCUUGUAACACUGGAUCAUCCACCAGAUGUAAGCCAAGAAGUGAUGAAAAACUUAACAUCUCACAUACUGUGACAAGUUGGGGCAACAGAGUUAAAGUUUUGCCUCAGGAGAGCAUUGUGUUGCAGAAUGAAACUAAGAUUGUGAGCACGCUGAUAGUGAAUGAAAGCAAAGUCUCAGGAAUUUAUUACUGUGUGGCUUCGAACAAGUUUGGCAUGGACAGAAAAAAAAUUAACUUCUAUAUUACAAAUCAGUCAGAUAUCUUGCAUCUUGAAGCAAAUGUCAAUACAUCAUGGAUACAAGGAGACAAUUUAACCCUCACCUGUGAAGUCAGAAAGUACUACGAAAAGGACGCUUCAUGGUAUUACCAGUCAUUUCAGGAUUCCUCAGAGGUUCGACUGAAUCGCUUUACCCAAAGGUUUGAAGGAAACUAUUCCGUUUCACUGGUUCUCAAUAUCAGAAAUGUGACAACAAGCAACACUGGAAUUUACAAGUGCAAAGCGAUAGAUAGAGCUUGUGGGAACAAGUGCGAGAGGCGUACCAAUGUUUACGUAGAACCUAAGACUGCCCCAAUUGUGCAGAAAAACUUGACAAACAUGGAGGUCAACAGCAGCAGUACUGUGAUCCUAAACUGCGAUGUCACAGGGCGACCCUUUCCCGUCAUCACCUGGUACAAAAAUGAGAGGCAGGUUCUUCCAGCUUCAGGCAUAACUUUGGAAUCAGGAAACAAAACCUUGAUCAUCGACAGAGUUGAACAUGAUGACGAAGGAGAAUACAAAUGCAAGGCGACAAAUGAAAAGGGAACAGUGGAAAUCUCAGCACACAUAUCUGUUCUAGGGUCUGAAGAAAAGUCCAACUUGGAGCUGAUAAUCUUGGUGUGCACUGGCGUAGCAGCCACACUCUUCUGGCUUUCACUCACACUUUUUAUUCGGAAACUCAAGAAGCCACGCAGCACGGAUGUUAAAACUGGGUAUCUGUCAAUUAUAAUGGAUCCAGAUGAGGUACCACUAGAUGAGCAGUGUGAGCACUUCCAGUAUGAUAGCACAAAGUGGGAGUUUCCCAGAGACAGGCUCAAGCUUGGCAAAACACUGGGACUUGGGGCAUUUGGCAAAGUGGUGGAGGCAUCUGCUUUUGGGAUCGAUAAGUCAUCAACUUGUAAAACUGUGGCUGUAAAAAUGCUGAAAGAGGGGGCUACUGCCAACGAGUGUAAAGCACUUAUGUCGGAGCUGAAAAUCCUUAUCCACAUCGGCCACCAUCUAAACGUGGUGAAUAUACUUGGAGCCUGUACCAAGCCUGGAGGGCCUCUGAUGGUAAUUGUAGAAUAUUGCAAGUAUGGAAAUCUGUCCAACUAUCUCAGGAACAAAAGGAAUGAUUUCAUUUUAAUCAAGUGUCAGAAGAAUGUCAGCCAGCCUGAGACACUCAGCGAUGAGACCAGCCCCGAUAUCAUGGAAAGCACAAAGCGUAGACUGGAGAGUGUGGCAAGUACAGGAAGCUCCACGAGUUCCGGAUUUGUAGAAGAUAAGAGUUACAGUGACACUGAAGAGGAAGAGGAAGAUGGUGAAGACCUCUACAAACGGCCCUUGGCCAUGGAAGACCUGAUUUGUUACAGUUUCCAAGUGGCAAAAGGCAUGGAGUUUUUGGCUUCAAGGAAAUGCAUCCACCGGGACCUGGCAGCACGAAAUAUCCUCUUGUCCGGAAGCAACGUUGUAAAGAUCUGUGAUUUUGGCCUGGCUCGUGAUAUUUACAAAGAUCCAGAUUAUCUGCGAAAGGGAGAUGCCCGGCUCCCACUCAAAUGGAUGGCCCCAGAAUCUAUAUUUGAUAAAAUCUACACAACUCAGAGUGAUGUCUGGUCUUUUGGAGUGCUGUUGUGGGAAAUAUUUUCCUUGGGUGCCUCUCCAUAUCCAGGGGUCCAGAUAGAUGAAGAAUUCUGCCACAGAUUAAAAGAAGGGACAAGGAUGAAACCUCCUGAAUAUUCCACACCAGAAGUCUAUCAGACAAUGUUAGACUGCUGGCAUGAAGAGCCUGGAGAAAGGCCCACCUUCAGUGAGCUGGUGGAACAACUGGGAAAUCUUCUGCAGGCCAAUGUCCAGCAGGAUGGAAAGGAUUACAUCCCUUUGAAUAUUACGAUGCAAACAGAUUCAAGCCUCUCCACUACAGACCCCAGCCUCACAGAAGAUAUAGCAAACCCAAAAGUUAAUUGCAGUAGCACAGGAAACAUUGGGCUCAGCUGCAAUAAUCCAAAGAAGAGGCCACUGAGUGUGAAAACAUUCGAUGAUGUUCCUGUAGAUAACAAGACUACUAUAAUACUCAAGGAAGGAGAAUCUGAUAGUGGAAUGGUGCUGGCUUCUGAUGAACUGAAGCGUCUGAAGCACAUAGAAACGAGACCCUGCUCUUUUGGACUAAUUACGUUAGCAAAGAGAGCGGUCAGUAAAAGUAAGGAGUCUGUAUUGUCUGAGGCAGAUAACCAUGUCAACCCAUUCCAGCCGGAUAUGUGUAACACAGAGGAUGAAGGCCUGGAUUUUGCACUGGAAGAUUCAGUUCUGUUACCAAUGGACCAGACAUUGGAAUGUCACAGCCCACCACCUGAUUACAACUCUGUCAUUCGCUAUACCACUCCACCAGUUUGAAUAAACUGGCAUUUAUGACCCCAACCACAUUGCAACUGCAGCCCCCAAGGACUGUACAACAGUACAAUGUCCUGAAAAACUGUUAACUGAAUUCAUGUUUGGUUGGACAAACCUAGAUUAAGCAAUGGAUUUAAAAACUAUCACAACAACUAAUGUUAAAAUCACAGUAUUCGAUCACUACAAUGAAGUGACUCGAACAAGCCCCAGACAAGAUAGCCCACAGCCAACCCUACCAUAUGAUUGCAGAUGUAGUCAGUGAAUCACAUGCAAUAGUGAAAGCAUGUUCAAUGAUUUCAAUGAGUCACAGGAAUAUCACUUAAAAAUAGAUUCUUCCUGCAUGAAAAUCAGGACAAGAAGCUAAAAAAUGAGUUAGUCUCUACUCAGCAAAGGUUUUUACAGGUGCAUGUUAUGAACCCCACCUUCUGUUAGCAUCUGGAAAUUUUUUGUUGACGACUCAGCUUCCUUUUUCAAAUGAGUUAUUCUAUACUUCCCAAUUCCCGGCUGAAUUUAUUACCCAAACUAUGUUAAUGUCUUCUUGCAACCCAGGAGCUCUGCCAGGAUGUGGCCUAAUCCAGUACCAUCUCAUGGUUACUUACAUCCUUAACAGUUGACCAAAUUGGGCUACUAUAUCACAUGAAAAUACUAGCAGCUGUCAGUGAAGUAAUGAACACUAGAAGAGGUAUGCGAAAUCAGUGGACUACAAUGUUGCAAUGAUCAAAAGGUGCUUGAAAAACUGGUUGUGAGUUCAGAUCUAAGUACCUACAUCCCUCAACCAAUUGAAAAUGAACUCGCCCUCCAAAUGAAGUAUAUCUCACUUCCAAUGGGGAGACCUGGUUUCUUCUGUUUGAUUUAUGCCUCAACAAAUAGUGCACAAUAAAUGUAUUGUCAAUAAUAAUAAAAAAAAGAGCUAGGUAACAGAGAAAGCCAAACUACAAUAAAGGAAAAAUAUAGAGAAGGUCAUUUAAGAGAAAAUAUGGAAGAAAAAAGGUCAUUUAAAACAGAUGAAAAAGAACAUAUUGCCAGCUACAGACUGUUAAAUUAACCCAGCAGAAUCUCAGCAAGAGACUGGGAAAUGCAAUUAUAUCAAUCCAAGCAUGAUUAAUUUCCAUUUUGAUCUAUCUUGAUAAAUGUGACAUAUUUCACAAUAAAGAUCAAUGCAUAGCUGCAGCAAGUAAUUAAAAUUGGAUUAUUCCACAUCCGUUUGUAAAAUGUGAAAUCUACAGUCAUUUAACCUGUAGUUUCAUGUCUAAAAGCUUCCAGAACAGCAAAUUCAUACACAAAAUGGCAUAAAUAUGAGUAUGUGCAGUGUACAAUGAUAUUAUGGGUACAUUCAAAUGCACAUCACUAAUGGAAUUCAAACAAACCAACAAACUUUAUUUUCCGUCAGUUAUACUUGCUCUUCAUGAAAAUUGAGCAAAGUUUCUUCCUUUGCACUGGAUUAUUAACCAUGUAUCAUUUCCUUUCAACGCUUGUCCCUCCUCACCAUCCCCACCGCCUGUGCAAAAUGCAACAUAUCCUCAAUAAGAUUUGCUCUCAUCUCUUGAUUAUGACCUGUGUAAUAUUUCCAGUUCUUCAUUCCCUAAUCCCAAACAUGUUAAUAUAAAUUGAGUUGUUCCCGCCAUCAUUUGGUGUGGGCGUAUAGUGUUUAAUCACGUUGAGCAAAGUACUUACGUUGUGUAUUUGGAGAAAGCGCUGAGCUCUCAAAGUGAGAACAAGAGUGCCAAGUGCAUCAGAGGCAAAAAAAUUGUCCUUGAAUUUAGCUCUCCUCAAAAGAUCAAGGGAUCUCUGGAGUGAGAUCAUUCCCUUCUUCCGUUUCUGCUCGCUCCGGGCAUUAGGGAAGCAACUAUAAAGUUUUCAAGAUGGUUAAGCGUCAAUUUGUUUUAUACAUUUCUAGUGACGCAGAAGAAAGCUAUUGGCCUAUUGGGUGUAUGCCUGCUCCCAGAGGAGCAUUCCUAUCAGUCCCACACCUACUUGCCUUAUUUCCCUGUAACCAAGCAAAUUUUCUCUCCCUACAAGCUCAUUAACUCUCCUUUGAUUUUCAUGCAGGAAACCACGAAUCAAUUUAUAGUUACUAUUUUAACCAUUUUACCAAAUAUUAGAUAAGUAUGAAAACAAAUAGGACCUGAAUAAUUAUAAAUUAAUCUAUUAAUAUAUUUUUAAAUUUUAAAAUCCCUUUGCAUAGAAAUUCAUCCCUGGUUAACCAGAUACCAUGUCUCAAAUAUGUCUCUGCCGCUGAAAGUCUCUCCUAAUGGAAAUGCUGCAGCCACUGAGCAGCACAUUUUAUACUAUUAACUGUGGAUGAAUAUUUAGGCAUACGUAUAUAUUGCAGUACUAAAUAUAAGUAAAUUACAAUAUCAGGUUUUUUAGGUCUACAUACUUUAUUAAGUAGUAAUUAAUGGCUUGCAGUUAGAAAAUCAUUUGAACCUAGGGCAGCUAAGUAAGAUUUUCAGGAUAUUUUAUUGUGGGACUAGUUCAAAGGCGGUCUGUAAUCCCAUCGUUUUAAGUGAUUUCAGGUAACGAAUGGAGAGGAAUUACAAAAUAGGACAGUUAGUGAAGACAUGUUCAGUUAUUAACAGUAAUGUCAGAAUUUCUGUAUUGGGCUGCUAAUGCGCAAAAAUCUUAAAGCUCUUGUCAAUUUCACAGUGUAACAAUGAUAUUUUUACUGUCAAUUUUUUUACAAAAUUCAACCAACAUAUUUAAGAAAUAGUAACAUGUGCAGGGAUACAUGAAACCUUGAGUACUUUAGAACAGAAGGAAUUAAUUCAAUCAGCAAUGAUACAAGGGAGUAUUUUACAUUUUGAAUUUUCUAAGAAAUGUCAAAGAAUUUGAAUAGUGCCCUCACUUAUGACAGGGUUAUUAUUGGACAUUAACAAUUAAAUUAUGGAACUCUACCUUUCUUCCCCUCAAACAUCAUUACUUAUUUCUCCAUCUUUAAAUAGUUGUGAUACUUAACAUAGCAAUAAAACUAACCUGAGUCUUAGUACAGAUGCUAGUGGGAGUAAGAAACAGACAGCAACUUAAUUUAAAAUCAUCUAACUUACCAUUUCCAAAGUAUUUUUAAAUUUGACAUGUUUUGUCUAAUGGAUUGAUUUUUUUCCUUUCUUAUGUUCCACCAGUAUAAGUAUUUAUUUAAAAGCAAUCUUACUAAUUUAACUACACCUAACAUUAUUAAUACAAUUCUAAUUGUCAAUUUUACAAUAACAUCCAAUGAAAAUAUCAAAAAAAACUGUAAAAUUAGUUCUUAAUACAGAAGCAUAUUCAAUAUUAAUAAAUAGAUCAUAUAUUCUAAAGCAUUUUUAAUCCCAAACUUAUCAAUCUGGCAGCUACAAUUUUUAGAUCUUUUCACUAAAUUAUGUACUCAGUCUAAACAGAACUUUUAUAGCUGUAAUAAAUCUAUGAGUCUUUAAUAUUGAUAUUAAGAUAUUGAUAUUGAUAUUGAGCAAGUGAGGUCUCAGGUAAUCAAUGGUUGCGGUAUUCCUUUUUCUAAACCUUACACUGACACUUACUGUAGUAAAUAACAGGUAACUAUCCAAACCAUUCCAAGUAUAUUAGGGAUUCCCAGUAACUAUGGAUGACAUUUUUUCUAAAUUAAAAGGGAAAGAAAAGAUGUUAUAGCCUUAAAAUCAGGGAAGAUAUGCUUACUGUGAAUAUACUGUUUCUUAAAGGAGCCCUGGAAUUGGAAACUUUUCAUUCAAGUUUGGAGAAAAUACUAAAACAAUAUUAUAAUUCACCAGAGCUCCCAAGAUGCUGGAAAUCCCAUAAAUAUCACAUGACCAGUUAAAAUAAGUCAGGUUCCAAUAGGUCUACUGCAAAUACCAUAAAUAAAAUAUACUCAGUAUUGCUUAGUGAUGUUAUAAAUUUAGACUGCUCUAUAUUUUGUGUAGAAAGGUAAAUGGAACAAAAGAACAGAAGGAGACCAUUCAGCCUCUUUUUGCCUAUUCACUCAUUUAAAUAGCUGAUAUAGAUCCACACUUCCACUCACUUUGCCUGAUUUGGCUCUAAAAGACACCACAACCUUCCCCAAAAACAGACAUAUUCACUUUAACUCCCUCUCUUUUCUACUUUAUGGAGAUUUUGAUCCAUUUAAAGUAAAUGGAUUAAUCAUUGGUGGUGCUGUUGGGUGCUGCUGUUAAAACAGAAAACUAUCGUCACACAGCAUGCUGUUGAACUGUAACUUCCAAGAAAUGGGAGUCAAAAGACUACUAUGAAAAGAAGUUGUAUGAUAGAUGUGACGUAAUCAGAUUGGGGAUGUGGAAUAGAGUGAGCUUGAUGGGGCAAAGUGUGAUCUAUUUGGCUGCCAACCUUUUAUUCUAAAAAAGCAGUGUUUUAAAAAUCAAUACGACAGUAAAACAUGUCAGGGAGCAAGCUUCAUGCAGUAGUUUGAAAGUGCAAUAAUGAUGAUGUUUGUUAUCAUAGGAGUGUUAUUAUCUGGAGUUAUGAUAUCACCAGGACUGCUCAGUUUAGAUCCUCAUGACCAUUUAUUAUUCCGUUCAUUCAAUUGUACUUACUAGUAGUUUGUAAUUAUGUACAACUAACUGAAAAGUUGUUUAUUUUGCAUAAAGUAACUAACAAUGGGGUAACAUUUGAGGAAUUAGUAAGAUUUAAGUGGUCAAUAUAGCUUCGAGGUAUGAUAAAUGAUAUUUUUUGUCUUCUGUGCAAUUUUAAUUAUUGUUAUUUUAACCAGCAAAACACCACUAACAAGUUUGCAGAUCAUAAAAUUGCUUGCUAUAUAUGCCACCACCUUUGAGGUAAAUUUCUUUGCUUGAUAUGCGUAAAGAGUUUUCAUAGAAUGGUGUUUUUACCUUUAAUGUGAAGAAGGUAAUGUUACAAGUCUAGUUAGCAAGCAUGGAGAUUUAUGAUGUUGAAGUCAAUUAUUUUCAGUGACCUGAAGCUCACACAGAUAGAGAAUGAAGGGUCUUGGUUAGAGUGAGGCAAAUACAUAUGAUAUUCCCAGUUGUUUUCAUGAUGAAUUCUGCACAUCUGUACAUGAGACAAUUCCCUUCCCUAGCCCUCAUUCACAUUGUAUAUUCAAGCAUAUCACUGGGCACUAGAGUUUUCAAAACCAACAGAAAAUGGAAGAUAACUGCAAAUUUCAAUAAUAUUAGUUGUAUUUCUAAUUCCUAUAAAAUCCUAAAAGUGAAUUCAACCAUUUUAUUCUUGUUUAUUUCUCCAGCACUAAUUUUGCUCUGUGUUGCUAAUUCUCGUGGACAGCUCUUGACAGCUGUGGGUGAAAUGCUUACUUUCAUGUUCAUUUUCUUGUCAUUCACCCACUUCUAGCUGACAAGUAACAAACAAGUUUUGUAAAGUAUGAAAAAAGAGACGGCAGGGACAAAACUAGAAAAUUCCUGCUGAGUUAUACACUAAUGUUAUAUUAUUGGGAGAGAACUUCAUCUUCAGUGUCUGACUUUAAAUGGGUACAAGUUGUCUGCCAAGGGAACAUCUGGAGGGAUAUUCAGUUGAUAGCCUGUUUUCUUGCUGCUGUUGGUAACCAAAGACAAAAUAUCUAUCCCAUUGUUUCCAAUUGACUUAAGAUUGUCUUAUUACUAAGUUGCAUCAAGCUGGAUGUGGAAGUAUUCUCCUCUAACCUCCAAGAUGAUAGUUAAUAAAUGUAGUUAUCAGAUUACUUGAGAGCAUUUUAGCUUACCAAGAGUCAGCUGAGAUAUUUUGCAGGGAGGGUUUCACAUUUAACUUAUGAUUUUCAAACCAUAAGUCAGCCUCAGUAUAUUUGCAAAUCUUGCUCACAAGACAGUUUAAAUAUGGCAAAACAUUUAAACAGUCACUUGGUUUGUGGGAGUUUCCAUUUGGCUGCUGUUAGAACUGAAAGAAUAGAAAUUAAUGUUUGGUCGCUAUUUCUAUAAUAUCAGCUGUAAUCCCCUCCAUAAUUCUCAGGAGUGGUAGGAUGACAAAGGUUAAUCUUUUAGUAUUGACCAAAGGUGAAUUUCAAACCCUUGAAUUUCAAUCACCAUUUGAAUCACCCUUGAAUUGUACCUCAUUUUAAAAUGGAAUGUGUUAGAAAUGCCAGUCUGUUAUUUAGUUUCAUUUCUUGCAAUCUAAUGACUUUUUUUGAACUAACAUUAUAUUUUCAAAGAAAACCAAUGUUCUAAUAAUAAAUGGGAAUGUUUUGUGUAACAGAUUUCAGGGGACGAUUGUAGUCAUCACGUAAAACUGCUCACUUUCUACAUACUUUACUGACAGUUCAAAAAGGGAAGUGUAAGCCAUCCAUGUAGAAUCACCUCCAUUCUAAUGCUUGAUGUAUACAUUAUUAAUUCUCAAACACAUAAAUCAAAGUUCUUUUCUAAGCUUUGAUUUAUCUUUGCUUUUAAACUGAAAUGUGAUGCAGUGUAAAGGGUUUGCUGCUGAAUCCUUUACAAAUGCUUGCAGGACAGGCUAAUCCUUUGUAUUAAAGAUUGAUAUCUAUUCAUGUCAAGGCAACUUCUUUCUCGAAGAACCACUUGUUUUAAAGUGCCAUACUCCUCAUUUUAGAUUUAUUUUCUUAAGAAUCGGCAAAGAAUUGUCAUUUACUUGCGGGAGGUAAAAAAGAGGAUUGUCAUUGUAUUAUCUGUGUAAGAUUGUAUGCACUGGAGAACCUUUGUAUUUCAUAUACUGUAUAACCUAGGCUCUACUAGAGCCAUUAACAAAACAUAUAUAAGUUUACAUAUAUUUAUAGCAUUUAUUUGUUCAGUGUUUCUGCCUUUUAAAUUCAGAAUAAAUAUUGCUAAGUGACUUAGCAAGUAAAUGUACUG